AUGUUUUCUCUCAACGCACCCUAUCUUUCGGUGUUUUAUCCCCAUUUAACCGUUUCUCUCUUUCCUCCUAUCUUUGUGUCUCUACCUUCUUCCAGGAGGGUGCAACGGGAGCCCGGUUUGAUUAUUAGGCGCGGGGGUUUUUCCAACAGGGGUUUGUGUUGGUCUUGUUCUCGGUUUUUGACGCGCUGUAAGGAUUGGGCUGGAGAUUUCUCGUCGUUGGAGGAUGAGAUUUUGGAGUUUAUGCAGAAAUCGGAGAACCCGGAUGCGUUUCCCACGAAGGAAGAGCUGGUUAAAGCUGGGAGAGCAGAUUUGGCUGAAGCUAUUGUGAAAGAAGGUGGGUGGCUUUCUUAUGGGUGGGAUUUGAAUGAUGGGUCUCUUGAAAGUGUUGAUUUUGAAGAGGAGAGUAGUAGUGAGAUUGAUGGGAAUGGAACUAGGGAUUCCGGGGUUGCUGCUUCUUCCUCUUCUUCUGGUUCUUCUCUGGUUAACUUUUCUCAACCAGCUGAACCAGUGGAAAUAGUAGUUGAGGAAUCUGGCAUUGAGGGUAUACUGAAUCGGCUGGAAAAACACAGAAAUAGUUCUUUUGGGCGUGGAUUCGGGGAGAAAGAAGAUGUCAUUUCACCCGAUAAUAAUAAUAAAGAUAAGGAUAAAUGGGAUCAUAGAACCCCAAUGGAUGGAGUAGCUGUCAACCUUCACAAUAGCAGUAAGCCAUCCUCGUUGAACCCAACAACCAGACCUCUAAGUAGUUCACAGAUCAAACUUGAUCAACACGGAUCUCAAAUUGGUUCUGAUAAAUCAAGAAACUCAAUUAAGCCAGAGACGUGGAGAAGCUGGGUUGUUCAGAGGACUGGUUAUUCAGAUGCAGAUUUUGAAGAUGCUGAAAUUGUUCCCAGCGAUAUUCAGAAAGGAGGUGUGAGUGAUGUUUCAGGACGACCUGAAAUUGUCAAAAUAGGAGAUUUUUCUCACGAGCCUGUAAACAGAGAAACCGGAUUAGAUGCAAAUCGCAAUGACAUAAAAUCCCGUAUCCAGCUUCUGGAAUCAGAGCUAUCCACAGUACUAUACUCAUUGAGGUCAAACACCAGUGAUGUUACAAUACUGACGGAGCAGAAGAGCACUUCUGAUAAUCUCGAAAAGCUUUCCGAUGCUUGGGAAUUCCAGGAAACUGAAAUCAUGAAUGCUCAAGCCAGAUUGCGUUCAUUACGUGCUAAGUUGGCAGUGUUAGAAGGAAAGAUGGCAUUGGCAAUAAUGGAUGCACAGAAGGCUCUGGAUGAGAAGCAGAAGAAGAUUGAUUAUGUCCACAAAGCUUUGAAACUUCUGAAGAGUACUUGUGUAGUAUGGCCUAAUAAUGCCUCAGAAGUAUUUUUAGUAGGAUCAUUUGAUGGUUGGUCUUCCCAGAGAAAGAUGGAGAAAUCAGAUACCGGUAUAUUUUCUGUGGUUUUACAGCUGUAUCCUGGAAAAUAUGAGAUCAAGUUCAUCGUUGAUGGUGAAUGGAAAAUUGAUCCAUUACGUCCGGUGGUUAACAACAAUGGAUAUGUGAAUAAUCUUCUUGUUGUUCAUGAUUGA